AUGAAUCCAUCAAACUACAGUGGAGUUUCGUGUGCAAUCUCUGAUCUUAUUGUGACCGUCGCUUCUUGCUCUCCGUUACCUGUCGAUAUGCCUAUCGCUUUUGUUCCUUAUCAGUCUUGGUCAAACAGUAGAGUACGUAGUUUCGAUACCCUCCAAGGGUUCCAUAACAAAGAAAAAAUGGCUUUCGCAGAGGUUGUAUCACGGCAAAGGGAGUUUUUCCGAACAGGAGAGCCAGCGAAGAUCGAGCAUAGAAAACAGCAACUACUCAAUCUGCGCAAGAUGAUUACUGAAAACUCAGAAACGUUGGGUGAAGCUGUUCAUCAAGAUUUGAGACGGGACCCGCAAACUACGCAUUUCCUCGAAAUCGCUAACACUGUUGUUGAGAUCGACUACAUGCUUGAUAAUUUAGAAAACUGGAGCAAGCCCGUCACUGUAGAGAAAACCAUCGUAAAUGCCUUGGAUCAAGCGAUGAUAGUCAAAGAGCCACUUGGAGUGGUGUUGAUUAUAUCACCAUGGAAUUAUCCGAUAUCAAUGAUCCUGCUUCCACUAAUUCCCGCAAUUGCUGCAGGCAAUACUGCUGUCAUCAAGCCGUCAGAGGUGUCUUCACAUACAGCAGCAGCAUUUGAGAAACUUGUGGCGAAAUACUUUGAUCCGAAAAUGGUUACCAUAAUCAAUGGUGGUGUCGAGGAGACUACAGAACUGCUGAAAGAACGUUUCGACCACAUUCUCUACACGGGAUGUCCUCCAGUAGCAAAAAUUAUCAUGACAGCUGCUGCAAAGCACUUGACGCCUGUGACGUUGGAGUUAGGUGGAAAAUGCCCCGUGGUUGUGGAAGAUGAUGCAGACAUUGAGUUAUCCGCUCGCCGCGUUGCUUGGGGCAAAUGGAUGAAUUGUGGUCAGACGUGCUUGGCUCCAGAUUACGUUAUGGUGUCUCCAGCAUCCAAGGAACAGUUUAUUGACGCCUUGAGACGGAACAUCACCGAAUUCUACGGGAAUGACAUUCAAGCCAGCAAAGACUACUGCAGAAUCAUCAACCAACGACAUUUCGAUCGUAUAAACUCGCUCUUGGACUCUACUAAAGGAACUACCCUAUUCAAAGGUGGGGAAUGUGACCGCAAUGAUCUCUUCAUACCUCCAGUUAUACUUGAUGUGCAGAAAGAUGAUCCAUUCAUGCAUGACGAGAUCUUCGGACCCGUCCUUCCGGUGCUGACUAUUCAAAAUCUCAAUGAAGCCUUAGCACAUAUUAAUAAUGGCGAAAAACCUCUCGCUGCCUAUAUUUUCACUCGCAGCGAGACAAAUGCAAAACGAUUAUACACGGAGACCAGCAGUGGCGGUGUCACCGUAAACGACGUUGUGAUGCAUUUUACCGUGGACACACUGCCUUUCGGAGGUGUUGGCAACUCCGGCAUGGGCAGGUAUCGAGGCAAGUAUGGUUUCGACACCUUCACCCACGAAAAAUCUGUUCUAAAAAGAGGUUUUUUCGGAGAAUCUCUGCAAAGUGCUCGGUAUCCCCCAGUAUCAAAAGACAAACUGCGAACACUGGCCCGACUGACGGGCACUCGUCGAGCCAUACCGUCGGUGGUCGCCUGGAUCACCGGCAUCCCGGUAAUUGUCAUCUCUGUCGUUAUGGGGAUGUUUUUGCAGCUUUCUCUGUUCUCGAGAAAGUAACAUGAUGAUGCUAUAGAUAUCUCCGACUAAUCAGAUGAGAAGAAUCUUCAGCUAUCGUUGAUCCAGUUCAGGUUGCAUUGGAUGGAUUUUUCUUAUCUCCACGAUCUACUUCACACUUCAUCUUUGUGAAACUAGUCCGUCGUAUGUGGAUGUAAUCCUCAUUUGCCCUAGCCAUCGACUGAAUCUCUAUUGUACUUUUGUAAAUUAUUUCUAUCCUAGUAUGGUAUUGUUACAAUUCGAAUGUGCACAAACAUAAAGUUUUCUAAUUUUGAUUUGUUGAACAGUGA